AUGAAGUUUUCAAUCUUUCUUGCCGGGGUAGCCCUCUUGAGCCCAGUCCUCGCCGACAACACUUUGAACAUUGUCGCGCACCCCGACGAUGACCUCCUCUUUAUCAAUCCUGACAUCUUACAUGACAUCGCCAACGGCUUCAAUGUUCGCACGGUGUAUGUGACCUCGGGUGAUGGCGGUAACUCCUGGCCUUUCUGGACGGGCCGACAAGCCGGCGCACUCUCGGCAUACGCGCAAAUGGCGGGCGUUGAGAGUGUCUGGGACGAGAGCGACAUCGGUGUCGAAGGAAAGGACAUCCCGCUGUACACACUGCAAGGCAAUCCCCGAGUAUCACUCGCGUUUAUGCACAUUCCGGACGGAAGUAUGGAUGGAAACGGCUUCCCGGCGACGGGACAGGAGAGUCUGGAGAAGCUGUGGAAGGGCGCUAUUGCUCGGAUCCGCACCGUUGAUGAGUCCGGGACGACGUACUCGAAGCAGGAGCUGAUUGACACCCUCACUCAGAUUAUCAACAAUUACGCCCCUGACAGCGUCAACUCGCUCGACUAUUUGCAUGACUAUGGUACUGGCGACCACAGUGAUCAUACCUCUGUCGGCAUUUUCACCAACACAGCUGCCAUUCAGUCGUGGUUCCCUGGGGAUGUCAUCGCGUAUCGUGGGUAUCCGAUCAAAUACGAGCCCGUGACGAUUGGUGGUGAGGAUCUUGUGAGGAAGAAGGAGGCCUUCUAUACAUACGCGGGCUUCGACGAAACGGUCUGCGCGAGCGACGUCGCUUGUCAGGGCACGGAGUAUGAACUGUGGCUGCCGAGACUGUACACCUCAAACUGA